ACGACCGCGACGAUAGGCUGAUGCUGUGGAAACCCGGCACCAUCAACACCGUCACCGCCGACCUGACGACGGCCAUCUACAAAGCAAAGUAUCCGAACAUGUCGCUGUCGCUGUCGCCGCCGUUCAACAGGCGCCGGAAUCUGCCGUCCUACAGGGGCCGUUGUAGCUUAUCCGAGCCGCACGAAUCAGAAUUAUUCAAAAGCAUCGCCGACAACAAUCCAGAGGAUUUAUUAAAGUCAUCCGACUCGGACUUGGACGAGCCAUUCGACUAUAAAGAGAACUCCUAUUUUCUAGUACGCGUAGGAGCUGUCAUCAACGGUCGUUACCACAUAAUAAAGAAACUGGGUUGGGGCCAUUUUUCCACCGUGUGGCUCUCGUGGGACGACGUGGCGCACAAUUUUUCAGCACUCAAAGUCGUGAAAUCUGCAGUCGACUAUACUGAGAGUGCAUUGGAUGAAAUACGAAUGUUAAAAAGUAUCUAUCGUCACCGAGAUUUGGAUACAAAUCGAACAAAGAUUAUUCAGUUGUUUGACGAUUUCCGAAUAGAAGGUUUGAGAGGUAUACACGUGGUUAUGGUAUUCGAGGCAUUGGGACCCAAUUUAUUGAAACUCAUCAAAAGGACCAAUUAUCAGGGAAUACCGUUAUACUUGGUUAAACAUAUAAUUAGACAAGUGCUACAAGGAUUGAAAUAUCUUCAUGAAACUUGUCACAUUAUUCAUACAGACAUCAAGCCUGAAAAUAUUCUGAUUUGUGCACAACAUCAGUACAUCAAGCUAACUGCCGAAAAUAGUUGUAAGCAGAUGUCUCUAUUGAAUUUACGCAACCGAAAGUACGGAAAAAAUUAUGCCGAUGAAAGAUUACAGGGUAGUAGCCGAUUGGAUGGAAUUAAAUCGGAACAAUCGUUGGACACGGAAAGUGAAAGUUAUGCCGAAUCGAAUUGUUAUUACAGAAAAAUUGUUAAAUUUAAAAAACUAUAUGAAUUAUUGGACGACUUGGGGAGUGUAAAUAUCAAAAUAGCAGAUCUCGGUAAUGCAUGCUGGGAGGAUAAUCAUUACACAGAAAACAUUCAAACACGUCAAUACCGAAGUUUAGAGGUUCUGCUAGGAGCUGGAUAUGGCACACCUGCGGACAUUUGGAGCACCGCAUGUCUGGCAUUCGAAUUGGCUACCGGUGACUUCUUAUUCGACCCACAUUCCGGGGCUACUUAUAAUAAAGAUGAAGAUCAUAUAGCCCAUAUAAUCGAGCUUCUAGGUCCUAUACCGUUGUACGUGAUCCAAAGUGGGAAACACUCCAGUAAUUUUUUUAGAAGCAGCGGUAAUUUGAAACAUAUUAGCAACUUGAAGCCUUGGUACCUUUACGAUGUGCUAACGGAAAAAUACGAAUGGACCCCGAAAGACGCCAAAGCAUUCUCAUCUUUCCUAACGCCUAUGUUGGAUUUGGAUCAAGAUAAUCGAGCUUCGGCGACCCAAUGUCUCCUCAAUCCGUGGAUGUUAGCAUAAAAUGUUUUAAUCUAAGAAUAUUAGAUUCCUAAUAAUUCUUAGGCAGUUAGUGAAUUUCCGAUACCUACCUAUGUUAUAUUUUUACGUGUGUGUUCUUCUUUAAUUUUAAAUAUUAUCAAAAUAAAUAUAAGUAUAUAUACAUAGAAUAUAUAAUGAAAUAGUACUGUAUGUUCGUGUAUAUUGGAUCUAUAUAACACCAAUUAAAUUAUUUAUGUUAUAAAUAUAUACUCGUAUGUAAAUAAGUAUUCUUUUUAUAAAUAUUGUAUGAA